AUGCCUCCGACAUUCUGUCCUUACUGUUGCAACAGUCUGACCGUCGCGAGGACUCCUGGGACUACCGAGCAUCCACAGGGUCUGAACGCCUUCAGUUGUCGGACAUGCCCUUACCAGUUCGUUCUCGACCAAUCGUACUACGAGCGGACAUACAUGAAGAAGAAGCAGAAGGAUGACAUCCUAGGCGAGGAGCAGUCUGACUUGCCCGUGAACGAAGUAUCUGCCACAGAACUACAGGACUUCAACGACUCGAUUCAAACUCACAAAUCUGUCACCAUGGGUAAGGAAAAGACUCACAUCAACGUCGUCGUCAUCGGCCACGUCGACUCUGGCAAGUCCACCACCACCGUAGGCCACUUGAUCUACAAGUGCGGUGGUAUCGACAAGCGUACCAUCGAGAAGUUCGAGAAGGAAGCUGCCGAGUUGGGCAAGGGCUCUUUCAAGUAUGCCUGGGUUUUGGACAAGCUCAAGGCCGAGCGCGAACGUGGUAUCACCAUCGAUAUCGCCCUCUGGAAGUUUGAGACUCCCAAGUACUAUGUCACCGUCAUCGACGCCCCCGGCCAUCGUGACUUCAUCAAGAACAUGAUCACGGGUACCUCUCAGGCCGACUGCGCUAUUCUCAUCAUUGCCGCCGGUACUGGUGAAUUCGAAGCCGGUAUCUCCAAGGAUGGCCAGACCCGUGAGCACGCUCUCCUGGCCUACACCCUCGGGGUCAGGCAACUCAUCGUCGCCAUCAACAAGAUGGACACCACCAAGUGGUCUGAGGAUCGUUUCAAUGAAAUCAUCAAGGAGACUUCCAACUUCAUCAAGAAGGUCGGCUACAACCCCAAGACCGUCCCAUUCGUGCCCAUCUCCGGCUUCAACGGUGACAACAUGAUCGAAGUCUCCUCCAACUGCCCCUGGUACAAGGGUUGGGAGAAGGAAUCCAAGGCUGGCAAGGUCUCCGGCAAGACCCUCCUGGAGGCCAUUGACAACAUUGACCCUCCCACCCGUCCCACCGACAAGCCCCUCCGUCUCCCUCUCCAAGAUGUCUACAAGAUCUCCGGUAUUGGAACCGUGCCCGUCGGUCGUGUGGAGACCGGCACCAUCAAGGCUGGUAUGGUCGUCACCUUCGCCCCGGCCAACGUCACCACCGAAGUCAAGUCCGUCGAAAUGCACCACGAACAACUGGCCGAGGGUGUUCCCGGCGACAAUGUCGGCUUCAACGUCAAGAACGUCUCCGUCAAGGAGGUUCGUCGUGGUAACGUUGCCGGCGACUCCAAGAACGACCCACCCAAGGGUGCCGACUCUUUCAAUGCCCAGGUCAUCGUCCUCAACCACCCUGGUCAAGUCGGCGCUGGUUACGCCCCCGUCUUGGAUUGCCACACCGCCCACAUUGCCUGCAAGUUCGCCGAGCUCCUCGAGAAGAUCGAUCGCCGUACCGGCAAGUCCAUUGAGAACAACCCCAAGUUCAUCAAGUCCGGUGAUGCCGCCAUCGUGAAGAUGAUUCCCAGCAAGCCUAUGUGCGUUGAGGCUUUCGCCGACUACCCACCUCUUGGUCGUUUCGCUGUCCGCGACAUGCGUCAAACCGUCGCUGUCGGCGUUAUCAAGAGCGUUGCCAAGUCCGAGAAAGGUGGCGGUCGUACCACUAAAGCGGCUGUGAAAGCACAAUCGAAGAAGUAG